AUGGCAUUAGAAGCUGUGGUUUAUCCAAAAGAGUAUCCAUUUGGCUUUGGUUGCAAAGAUUUCUACUCUUUCAAUGGAGGAGGAGCUUCUUGGGGAUGUGACUUCAUCUCACAAGAGGGUCAAAACAACCAUAUAGAGCAACAUGUACUCAAUGAAAAUUGGGACUAUUGCUCCUCAUCUCCUUCACUUUUGCAAAAUGUGAAAGAAUGGGAUCCCAAUUCCUCACCUGAGGCCUGCACAGCUGACCAAUCUGUCCCGCCAGGACACCUCUCUGCCAUGGAAACAACACCACCACCACCACCAACAACAACGACAAACCGGCGCAAACGACGUCGUACCAGAAGUAGCAAGAACAAGGAGGAAAUUGAGAACCAGAGGAUGACUCACAUUGUUGUGGAGCGCAACAGGCGCAAGCAAAUGAAUGAGUACCUUGCUGUCCUCAGAUCAUUGAUGCCACAGUCUUAUGCUCAAAGGGGUGACCAAGCAUCAAUUAUUGGGGGUGCCAUUAAUUUUGUGAAGGAGCUAGAGCAGCUUUUGCAGUCCAUGGACAGCAACAAAAGGAGCAAGCAACAACCUUUGGCUGAGUUCUUCACCUUCCCACAAUUCUCAACUCGUGCAACUCAGAGCAACAACAACUCAGCUGGGGUCCAAGCAAACGAGCCAAACAUGGCUCAGAGCAACAGCAACCAGUGGGCAGCAGCAGACAUAGAAGUGACCAUGGUGGAUAGCCAUGCCAACCUUAAGAUACUCUCCGAGAAAAGGCCUAGGCAGCUGUUGAAGAUGGUGGCUGGGUUUCAAAGUCUCAGGCUCAGUGUUCUUCACCUGAAUGUGACCACAGUUGAUGAAAUGGUCCUCUACUCUGUUAGUGUCAAGAUUGAAGAAGGGUGCUUGUUUAAUACAGUGGAUGAAAUAGCAGCAGCUGUUAAUCAAAUGCUGCGCAGAAUUCAAGAAGGUGGUUUUAGCUGA